AUGACGAACGACAACGAUAAUCCCCGACGCGAUCCCAAUCGACCCGAAGACAAUCCUUUCAUCGCCUUCCGCCGCUUCGCCGAUUCCCAGGUCUCGUCGCUGCUCAACACCGUCUUCACGCUUCCCGCCACCAUCGCCAACUACAACAACGCGCACCAAGCACGUGAGCAGUGCCUUUUUGGCAAGGCCGAUCCAAGACAAUGCGACAAGCUUCACGAUAUUGAAGCCGACAUCGCCGAGCUGCGCCACGAAGGCAGAGAGCUGUUCAGAGUUGGCGAUGUGCAGGCUGUCUUGCGCAACAGCGAAGAGCUGAUGAGGCUCGACCGCAAGGCUGACGACAUAAGAAUGGAAAUACUUGGCAAUGUCAGGAGAGGCGACGAGCAGCAGGUUGCGCGACGCGACGAUGCUAGCCUGGUUGAAAAGGUAGCCAACGAGAAGGGUCAGGAGUGGGGAUGGUCAUGGGACUGGGGCUUUCCUCGGCCAUUUGAUCACGACGGCCGGAACUCAUCUGCCAACUCGGAGGAAGAAAGAUCGAAGGAUUGGAUGCAGUUGGAGAGAUUGUUGCGGAUGCAGGCAGAGGCGAAGAGGCUGGCCGAGGAGUUCAACGACAAGGCCUGGGAUGACCGCGAGACGGAAGUUGCCAGAUUCAACAACUACGAGCCUAGCCCUGAAGACGGCAAGCCUCGCGUCUGGUCAUGGUCCAAAUCAUGGCAGUGGCCACCACCAGCAGACGCAUCGCAGACCGACGACCCCGCAUACUCUCCCCGCGCGCUCGAGCAGAACCGCGAAAUGAACAAGGCCGGUGUACCUUGGCAGGCAGCCUACGAGGACCUGCUAGCAGAGCAAGGCGAAGUCUCACAUUGUAUGAUGAGGUCCGACCGACCGGCUUGGGGACCAAGGAAGAUACCAAUUACGCAACAACAGUUGGAGGAGACGAUGCAAGGGAAGCCAGAGCCCGAAUGUCCUGGCGCCAUGGAGUCUGACACGUCCGACAAGUACUGGACUCAUGGCAAGAUCCCGAUCACACAACGCCAACUGGAGGAGCACAUGGACCGCAACGAUGCGCCCAGCUGCCCUCGCCUUGGGACACGCGACGAGCCAAGCUACGAGUACAGCCACGAUCACGAAGACCAACAUGACGAUCCGCCUACGCCGAAACAAGACCGCUUCCCCUACGCCGACACAGUCAGACGUGACACAUACAAUACUGUUCUAGACGCAGCACACGAGAGAGAUGAGGACUCGGAGACUGAGUUGGAUGCGUACGAACGUAUGGAGGCUGUGUCGCAACCCUCACCCUCAGUCCCCGGGCCUAUCUCGGUAACGUCUGCGAUCGCUGAGCGGAUGAAGGAGGACAAGCCUUCGAUUCUCUCCACACUUACGACGACCGAGCGGACCGUUGCUUCUGACGGCUCCAUUACGACCAAAGUCGUGCUCAAGAAACGCUUCGCUGAUGGUCGAGAAGAGAGCUCGGAGACGGUGCAUACCCAGCGCGGCCAAGAGACCGAAACCCAGCAGCGCGAUCCUUGGAGGGCAUUCCACGACAUCCAGCCAAGGCCAGCCGAGCCAGAGACCCAAGAGCGGAAGAAGAGGAGUGGGUGGUUUUGGUCUAGCUAA